AUGUUUGGCUGGAUACGAGACGUUCUCCGGAAUAUCUUCAUUCCUAAAUCAAAGAUCACACAUGUCUUCUCAUCUGAAAAAACUCUUCUUCUCAGUCAAUCAAGGAAGGCCUACGUUCUAUUGCCAGAAGACGAGGAGGUUGCAGCAAUUAAAGUUCUUCAAGAAGCUGGACACAACGAGAAAGAAUUCACUAUAUUCAUUUAUAGAUUGACUGUAAAUGCCCCUUUUCCGGGGAUGAGAAAGAACUUACCUCAUAUGAAGUGGAUUGUAAAGAAAAGUGUUGUGGGGGACACUGCCAAUCUAAUAGUUUAUGAGAAUACAGAAGAUCCGAAGAAAUGGAUAACUUAUCUUUGGAAGUGCUUUUGUGACGACCGGUGGGACGAGCUGGAAGACGCUUAUAAAUUCGCCUUUGGAGUGAUGAGAGCAUUUGCACAGCCGACAGAUCAGCCUUUAACUUGCAAAGAUAAUACUGCUGAAUUGAUGUUCUAUGCAAGGAAAGAAGGUUAUGAAGUUCGGUGGAUUAUGUCCAUGCACAAGACGCCAUACUUGAACCAAAUCAUCAUGACAGGUCCGGAUGGAUAUAAUUUUGAAACCGAAGUCACAUGUUGGUAUCCAACCUGUUGGAAGCAGACCAAAGCAGAACUGGAAAGGAUUUGCGAGAAGGACUUUGGAUUUACGUUUGACAAGAUAAACAAAGAGAUUGCGGAGAAGAUAGCAGAAGAAUUAAAGAGAUCGCUAGUUCUUAAUCAUAAUCAUUAG